UACUGCGGGCCAUCAUCUUGUUGGCUACAAGUUGGAAAUGUGCUGUGGAUGGCCCAUAUGGCAAAUGUCAUAAACAAUGAGACACACUAUCAAGUGCAGAGGAUUGAGGACAAGCCUACAUCAGCAUUGGAGCAGAUGAGAUCAGAGAGACAUAGAGAGGAAAUAAAUAAGGGAUUAUUGGAGAAGUCACAUACAUGGAUGGGAAAAAAGACAAGAUGUGUGUGUAACUACCACAUUCUUACAAAAUAUUUAUUUAUUUUUUUAUUUCUUUAUUACUUAUCAAGUUACUGUGUCUCAAUAUUAAAGUGGGGACCCAAGAGAAGAGGUGGAUAGACAAGAACAAGUGAGAUAUGGAUGUAGAAACAGGCGGAGGGAUGAAAGAGUGAGAGAGAGAGGGAUGAGAGGAGGAGCAACAACAGUAGGAGAUAUGCCUCAGAUUAUCAACCACUGUCAGAUGCUCUAGAGACAGAUAAAGAGGAGGAGGGAACAAGACCGCAACAGGAGGAGAGACAGAAGAGAAACAGGACAUCUCUGUGCAUGCAAGCUGGGCUGCAAAGAUGACUGACGUGAAAAGCGUAUCAUCAGUGGAAGCGCCAGAGGGGAAGUUAAUGAAGAAGGGUUCCAUAAAGAAGAAGAUUGAGUCACUCAGGCGAUGGAGUUCAGCUAGUAUGAAAAGGCCUCCAAAGCCUAAGGCCAAGACCUUGAGUUUGUCUUCCCCUGUGGGAGACCCCGAUGAGCUCUGGUUGCAAGAGGGAGACAAGAGAAAGCUACGACCCAUUGUCGACUCAGUCUUCGGACAGGGGGAGUCGGCCGUAGAACGAAGCAGCGCUCCAUUAACUGCCACCAUGCUGGGGGGCCUGGGUGGUGCAGGUGGGGUGGACACGGAUGACGAGGAGGAAGGAGGGAGCGAGCGGGAGUUCGAUGAGCCCCUGUGUGCUUUGGUUAAGAACUGCAACAUGCUGCACAACUUAGUGGGGCCUGCUUGUAUCUUCCUCAGACAGGGCUUCGCACAGAGCCAGCUUGACAGAGAUCUACGACCAGAGGAAAUGGAAGAGCUGCGUGAGGCAUUCAGGGAGUUUGACAAAGACAAAGAUGGCUUUAUCAGCUGUAAGGACUUGGGCGAGUGUAUGAGGACAAUGGGAUACAUGCCUACGGAGAUGGAACUGAUAGAACUGAGCCAGCAGAUCUGUGGUGGCAGAGUGGACUUUGAGGACUUUGUGGAACUGAUGGGCCCCAAGAUGCUUGCUGAGACUGCAGAUAUGAUUGGUGUCAAAGAGCUAAGGGAUGCCUUCAAAGAGUUUGACUCCGAUGGCGAUGGUCAGAUCAGCCUUGGUGAGCUGAGGGAAGCUAUGAAGAAGCUAAUGGGGGAGCAGCUCAACCACCGUGAGAUCGAUGAGAUCCUGCGAGAUGUAGACCUCAAUGGGGAUGGACAGGUGGAUUUUGAAGAGUUUGUGCGAAUGAUGUCUCGCUGACUCCAAACAUCACAUGCUGUAUCGAACAUAACAUGGACCAGACUGCACACUGUUAAUGUUUGUGUAAUUCUUCUUGAUGUACAAAGACUUCUUGGUGUCUGUAUUUGUUUUUCAAUUAUAAUUUCGUUCAAUCACCUCUCGAAUAUAAGAGAAUCCCUUCGAUGUGUUACUGUUGUAUGAAUGAAAUAUGUAUUUAACAUAUAAUAAGAGAUUGUUGAGGGUCAGGGGAGGUAGAUAAAUCAAAGCUUCUUCUUUAGAAGUGCAUUUAUAUUUUAAUGAACUGAGAACCAGAUACAAGCAUAUACACUCAAGUGGAUGCACAUAUAAACACACAUAUACUUGCAGUUGUUGUCACAAAAAUAAAGAACAAAUAGUAGUUCACAGACACACAUUUUCUCGACUUUUCUAGUCUCCCAGUUAGGGUUAGUAUUAACACUAACCCCAGUUUAGGUGUUCAGUUGACCCUCCUUGAGAUUUUUGUAACUUGGGUGAAUAGACCCGUUUACUACAUUACCUGACUUUAUCUGAAGUUACGUAUUUGAGUGUGAAUGAGGAUUUACUGUCACGAUUUCAAUGCUAAAAAACUGUCAUGACUGUGAUUGUAUGAUAUUACUGUAUAGUAGAUAGCAAAAGUGAAAUAAUCAGUGAGAUUACAUAUGCAUCUUUUUGUACAAACUGACGCAUGAAUUCCUAAACAUAUCAAUUCAUUCUAUUAAUUAUUUUAAACUUUGCACCGUUGAUAUAAUUCAACCAAUGCAGGCAAAUACAAUGAUUGCAGAUACUGUGAUUAUUAAUGUCAAAUAUCUUUUUGAUAAAGAUUUGAUAAUACUAACAAAAUGAUUUUUGGUGUCUGCCACACAUCCUUACACAUGACUUAUGUUCAUACCUCUGUUUUCCUACUCAGAUGGAACUUAAUUGACAGACUGUCUCAAAAGUAAAUAUUCCUUUUAUGCAAUCAUGUAGUUAAAUGUUUUAUGUUGUACAGUAUUCAUCGGGUCAGAUCUUUUUAAAAAAUGUACUGUAAAUUUUAAAAAAUUAAUAUAUAAUAGAGACAAUAAACCAGUUUUUAUUUACUGGAUAGCUUUUCUCUAUCUCUCUCUUCUCUC